AUGAGUGGAAAUGAGCACGACUGGCUGGCUCUCAAACCCCAGGAACCUUCUUCAUCCCAGUGCUGCGGCGGCGGCUGCAAACCCUGCAUCUAUGAUGUGUACGAGAAGGAGCUUGCACAAUGGGAGAGGGCCAAAGCAAAGCGAGACAAAAGCCUUCUCAUGGAAAAGAAGGAGCAGAGCAAUAAUUCAGAGCUGAAUCCAGAUACAUUUACUGCAUUCAACAUAAGCUCAGUGGAGCAGCUAACAGAGGACACCUACCAGUACAGAUUUGAAUUACCGGGAAAUAGCAGCCUGCGCUUGAGUUUAGGACAACAUAUCGUGUUAAGAGGAGUGGUGAAUGGUUUGGAGGUCCAGCGAGCCUAUACUCCGAUUAGCCCAGGGAAUGCAGAAGGUUACUUUGAAGUUUUAAUCAAAUGCUACGAAGCUGGGCUAAUGUCACAAUACAUAAAAACAUGGAAAAAAGGAGACAUGGUCUUUUGGCGUGGGCCAUUUGGAGGGUUCCCAUAUCGACCUAAUAAGCAUGGAGAACUCCUCAUGCUGGCGUCUGGUACUGGCCUCGCACCAAUGCUUCCCAUCCUCCAGUCCAUAACAGAUGAUGAAGAGGAUGAAACCUUUGUAACUCUUGUUUGCUGCUUCCCUACCUAUGACAAAAUUUAUCUGAAACCUCUUCUCCGGGAUCUGGCUCGAUUCUGGAACAUCAGAAUAUUUUAUGUCCUAAGCCAGGAAACUUCCCUGGAAAAACUUCCCUGGAGCUAUCAGGAAAACACAUACACUGGUCGUCUCGAUGAAGACUUGAUGAAGACUAUAAUAAAUUCCUGCCGAAGAAGGCCAUUUGUAUUAAUCUGUGGCUCUUCUGCAUUCAGUGAAGAUAUGAGUAGAUAUCUGAAAGCUGGAGGAAUUGAAGAAGAUUCCUGUUUUUUCUUUUAGCAGGGUAUUCCUGACCUGAGGAACUGCAGGCUGAGCCUUGGACGUCUUUGUUUCUCUGCAGACAUUGCUCAGAAUUGGUUGUCUCAAUGGACUGACUUCCUUGUGCAUAUGCUUAUAUAGGCCUUUGGAUCAAAUAUUUAUAUCCAGUAUGA